AUGGCAAACCAAGGGGACAGGACCGUGAUGCCCCUGGAGCAGAGCCACGUGCAGCUGCACGAGGGGAGACGAGCAGAUGAUGGGCAGAUGGAGACCAGCCUUCAAGGGGCUGAGCAGCCUUUGAAGUCAAGGCUCGGCUGCCGAGGUCCUGAGCUAGAGCACCUGCAGAGUUACCAUGAUCACUCGGGGGAUAAUAUGGCUCACACCACCAAGCGGGUGUGGAAGGCCUGUUGGCAUGAGUUAGAAUAUCAAAAGAACUCACUAGAAGAAGAACGUGUUACCCCAUUAAAGAGGUUUCUGGAGCAUGGGGAAGAUACUUGCAAAGGACAGACUGAAGAAGCUUUUCCAAGGAUUACAACUCCUUUCUGCAGAGUUCAUGGCUUUUUCCGCGCCAACCCCCCUCAGAUUUGCAUGAUCUGGUUGAAAAACGGGGAAGAAAUUGUCCAAGAAAUAGUUUAUGGGGACAUUCUUCCCAGUGGGGAUGGAACCUAUGGGACAUGGGUAUCAGCUGAGCUGGAUGCUCGGAGGGGUGACCUCCACUCCACCCAUGCAGACUGUGGCCUCCGCAUGGUUUUUCAGGUCCCCCAGGAGCACAAGCCCGGACGCGUCCGGCCAGCGCCGCUCGUCGUCGCCCCCUUUAAGAGCCUGCUCCGCGGGACUAACGUUCGAAUGGCCCAGGCGCCCCUCCUCGGCCUCCGAUUGGCCGCGCUUGGCGCACGAGGGCGCGCCGUUCGGCCCCGGAACGGUUGGCGGCCCGUCGCGAUUGGCGGUCGAGGGGCAUAUAUAAGGCGCCGGGAGGCCGGGCUGCCCUCAGUUAGCGACCGGACGUGGGACUGA